UAGAAGAAGAAGAAGGAGCGGCGCUCACGGCCCAUCUGAGACAAAACAAAACGAAGAAGCAGUAGAAGAAGAACAAACUGGCAAGUAGGUGACUAAUGGACUAACGUGUUAAUGUGUCCCGGCUGAUGUUCCAAUGUCCUCGUCCAACACAAAGUUCUCUGCAGUCACAGGAAGUGUUCGGAAGAUCAAAGACAAUGCGGCCGACUGGCACAACCUGAUGCUGAAGUGGGAAAAAUUGAACAACGACGGAUUCCAGUUUGCAACAAACAUCGUCAACAUGAGGAAUUCUCAGCGAGACCAGCAGCCUCCGGAUGACUCCCCUCCAGCUUCAGCAUGUCAGACGUUUCCUUCAGCUGUGCAGCAGCAGGCAGCUGGAGCAGCAGAGCUGCAGGAUGAAUGCUCCAGGCUGCAGGCUGUCGUUGAUCGAAUGGUUGUCAUAGUGGCAAAGAUGGAGCAUCUGAUGAGUGUACAGCAAGGAAUCCAGGAUCUGGAGGAGUUUCAGUUUGGACCUGAAGGAAGAACGUCACCUCUCUGCCACAGCUGGAAGACCAAAGAGUUUGAGGAGUCCUCUCGGGUUCUGUUGGCUGCCUUCAGUCAGGAGCUGAAGCUGAAGCAGGUAAUUCUGCGGGAACUGGCCCACACCGCCGUCGCUGACCUGCACAUGGUCUACCUGUCCUGCUGGCUCCACCAGCCGUUCAUCCCUGCCCAGACCCGGUUAGCCCUGGAGGCGCUGCUGCUGGAGACCGGCCAUCGAUUGCUGUGAUUAUCGCUGCACUCCGUGUAUUGAGCCGGUUYGCUUGAACACCUGAAACUUGCUUGUUUUUGUUAAUAUGUAAAUAAAACGGUUAAAUCGGUGCGAUGAAAUAAAGGUUUAGCUUUGUAUUUUA